UCGUUUCCUUACGGAGCUGGGCGAAAUCGGACCGGAAGACUCGGUGAGCGGGAGCGAAAGGUUGUUGACGAGUGAGAACGUACGCUUCUGUUUGUGCCAGUGUUUAAGGAUCCCGUCUUUGUUCUGGUGUUAAGGAAGCGUCUGAACGCAGCGCACGUUGCAUCUCUUAACCUGUGUAACAUCAAAACAGGUUGUUAGGCAGCGCAGCAGCCCCUUAUUAUUCUCACCUUACUGAAGUUUCCCCCCUCUCAGCGUCAUGAGUUACUCUGACUACGACUCAGACGGAUAUUUGUCAAAUGAAGAUGCCGACUAUGUCCCAUCAGAUGAUAACCUCAGUGAGGAUGACAUUAAUGAGUGUGAGAAGGAAGACCCUCUCCAUGAGGAUGACACUGUGCCUCAUCCUGACCUCAAGAAGAAAAAGAAAAGAAAAGACAUCAGCAGGAAGAAGAGGAAAGAGGAGCUACAGCAGGAAGAGGCUCAGCUGCCAAAGGAAGACAGUGAGGAUGAGGAGAAACGGAAGAAGAAGUCGGAUGAUCUUUGGGCGAGUUUCCUGUCCGAUGUCGGAUCAAGACCCAAAGACUCGUCACCUAGCUGCCAGUCAGAUUCCACUAAGGAGACUGAAUGUUCAGCAUUAAAGGAGACUUCAUUAAGUACAGAAGCCAAACCAUCAGGACCAGCUAAAGUCACCAUCACUAAAGUGUUUGACUUCGCUGGAGAGGAAGUGAGGGUGGAUAAGGAGGUAUCUGCUGACUCCAGGGAAGCUAAGAGUUAUCUGAAGAGUCAAAGUGCUCACCAGGAGCAGGAUGAAGAAACAAGCUCAUCUCACACACAGUCAUCUCUUCCUGGUCCCAGUGCUAAGCGUCCAGCAGGCAUGUCCAGCAUCCUUAAUCGGAUUGGAGGAAAGAAGCAAAAAAUGAGCACACUGGAAAAGUCAAAGAUGGACUGGGAUGCUUUUAAAUCAGAGGAGGGCAUCACAGAGGAGCUGGCUAUCCAUAACAGAGGCAGAGAAGGUUUUGUGGAGCGAAAGAACUUCCUGGAGCGCGUCGACCACCGGCAGUUUGAGCUGGAAAAAGCAGUCCGACUGAGCAACAUGAAACAAUGAGACACUGAUGAACAACAGACCGGCAUGCGGAGCGGAGCGGGGCUUGAACUCCUGUAACUUGUUUCCCCCCCGACAGAGUUGAUGUUCAUCCUGUAAUAGGAGAUGUGACUGGCUCUGUGGCUGAGCCUAUUUCAGGCUGGCUGUAUAAAUAGGUUGAGGUCAGGUAAUGGACAGGUGUUGAUGCCUCUGGGGGUUCAUCCUUGUGAGAACCAGUUUGUGUUUGCUGCUUUUACUGCAGCUCACAUCAAGUUUCAAAUUAAUUAUCUCUGGAGUGAAUAUUGAUCAGUCUGACAUGUGACUCCCUCGCAUUCCAAUCAUUUCCACUUUUAGACCAACUGGAUCAACAUAAGUUAAGCACAUUAACCGAUGUUAACGUACUUAACACAUUAACUUAUGUGCUUCAGUAAGUUAAUUUGGUCACCACCAAUUUAGUGAUGGUGGUAUAAUAUAUACAUAGCAGCUGCUGUUAAGUUAAGUUCACUUAAGCGAUCUUAACCUAUGUUUACUUAACAUAAGUUAAGUUACACAUUAACAUAACUUGUUUUGCUUUAUCAGACCACAUUAAUGACUUGGAAAUGUAAACCAGUAGCUGGAUAUUCCACAGGAAUCAGAAGUCAAAGUUUAGGAUGUGGUUAUGGAGAAUUGUACCUUAGCUACUGCUUGUAAGUGAACCAAUGUGUGGUGUUUGAGGUUGAAUCUGUAAAUAUACUGUUGAUCUGUUACUUUUAAAAGGAAUUCAGUUUGACUUUGAACAAAACUGCUGAUUUCAUUUUCUGAACUCGCUGGAGGAGUAGCUGUGUGGAUGUGACAGCAGGAUCACUCACCGCUUCCAGCAGCAGAGGCUCUGUCUGGCUGGGCGCUCAGAGCAGCAGCGGUCCGUCUCUGUUCUUCAUCACUGGAUGGGAAAACUCACCAAGGCAUCCACCCUGGCUCCCACAAGACUGUGAAAAGGGCUUUUUAAAUAGCUGUAUUGUUUUGUUUGAUUUUUGCUAUUGUUUAAAAUAGUAAUAAAAUAAGUUGCCAAAUGA